UUUUAUUUACUAUUACUUACUCCGAAGAAGUUGUUUAGUGUACAUUUAAUUCAUCAAACAUUACUUACUUAUACGUGUCAGAGUUACCAACAAUGCAUUGAUUUCCUACCAAAAAGCAGUCAGCAUAGCAUUAUUCCCUUUGCUAGCUAGGCCAUGCCUAUCUUAAGAAAUUAGGCCUAGCCCUUUUAGGCCUACUAAUUUAAUGAUGAAAUCUUGACGUUUUUGUAAUUACAGCUAUGGAUUUCCUUUUUAUAUUAGAAUUUUUAGUUGCGUUCCUAAUUCGGUUAUGGCUUUGUUUGUCGGAUUACAAACAAGUAAUUUCAGAUCGAGUGGAGAUUUCCACACCACUCAACUCAUGGAAAAGAGUCACAGAAGGAGUGGUUUUGUAUGAAGAAGGUACAGACCCCUACAUUGGGGACAUGUUCCAUGAAACUCCUAUUGCCUUGAUAGCGUUUCAUUGGAUGAUACACAAUAUUCCUCGAUGGCUGAAUAUCGUCUUUAUCACCUGCGACUUACUAUCAGCAUUUUUACUUUAUAAAGCAGCCAAACAAUGUAUGAAGCUUUUGAUGGAUCGCCAGACGAGAGAGAAAGCUGGCUAUGCAGAAGAGGUGGAGAAACUUCUGUUGACUGAGCAGGAGCUCAGUUCUGCUCCGAUGUAUGUACUAGCUGCUUAUCUCUUCAACCCCUACACAAUACUGAGCUGUGCAGCCCACACCACCACGGUGUUUGCCAACCUCGGUCUAGCUGUGUUCUUUUGCUCCAUGCUUCAUGGUCAUUUGUUGGUGUGUGGCUUCUCCUUGGCCCUGGCGACUCUACAGUCCUUGUAUCCCGCCUCACUGAUCGUGCCGGCCGCUCUACUUGCCGCUCAGUCGGGUGGCGCUCGAUCCUCCGCCUCUGCCAGAGUUGCGCUCCUCAUCGUAGCCUUUGUCGUCCCAUUGGUCGGCCUUCUCGGUGCUUGCUAUCACAUUAGUGGUAGCUGGCACUUUCUACAUUCCACAUAUGGAUUCAUCCUGAACAUUCCAGACUUGCGUCCGAACGUCGGCCUGUUCUGGUAUUUCUUCACAGAGAUGUUUGAACACUUCAGACCGCUGUUUAUUUGCGCUUUCCAACUUAACGCCAGUCUUCUGUACGUCUCUCCGUUGGCCUUGAGGCUGUACAAAGAACCUCCACUGCUGGCUGCUAGUCUUACAGCUCUCUCUGCGAUAUUCCGAUCCUAUCCAAGCAUUGGAGACGUUGGCUUCUACCUCGCACUGUUGCCCAUGUGGAAACACCUUUUUCACUACAUGCAGCAGGGCUUCGUAGUUGGAUGUUUCUUCCUAGUAACUUCUGUGUUGGCUCCUGUAUUGUGGCAUCUGUGGAUCUAUUGUCGCUCUGCAAACGCCAACUUUUACUUCGGAGUCACAUUAGCAUUCGCUACAGCUCAGAUUUUCCUCAUAACUGACAUUUUGUUUGCCUACAUCAAGAGGGAGUUUGCGCUGAAGAACGGUCUCCAACGAACGAUCGACGGAGAAGAAGCCAAACUUAUUCUCGAAUAAAUUCAAGUUUUUUGUCAAAAGGCUGAGAUUAUCGCCAGAGAAGAAGUGUUCAGUGCUUCGGCACAAGUUGCGGUCUGUGUACUGUGUGAAAUUUACGGGUGUGUGGACGUAAAGACGACAACAUCUGCGCUCACACGACACAGACUGUACAUCUAGUCUAUGUUCAUCAGCACCUUCAUAUACCAUCAACUGCAACUACGUUCAUUAAUUGAUUUUACACACUUUUACUAUUGACUAGUUCCAAAAGUGUGAAAGACAAACUAACAAAUUUCAACCUGCCCUACUUCACAAAACACCGACUAAAAGUUUAGUCUGAUCUUUGUCACCAUAUUCCAUCAACAAACGCAACUACCCUCAUUUUGCAUUCCACGUUUCAUUUUAUUUUUUUAUACUUGUGACAAAUGUUGAAUAUUAAUGUCAUGUACAAGCACACAUUAAAAGAUUUGUAAAUAUUUUUAUUUUUUUUUUCAAUGUAUUUUGCUGUAGCAUUUUCAAUUUGUAUAAUAAUGUGAACAUAAGCCUAGUUUAAAUCUAUACAUGUUUGUAAAAAGUACUUUUAAGGAUUAUUCCGAGUAUGGAUGUAUUAAGAAAAUAGUUAUUUGUGCAACUAGUGAGAAAAGUGAGCAAUUGACUCACUCGAGAGAAAUCUCUACUCACGAGCUGUAGGCGAGUGAGGAAUGGUUUCUCGAGUGAGGCAAUUGUACUUUGAACUCGAGUUGCACAUUAUACUUUUCCUACAGUUACCAAAAAACAAAUAAAUUGGUGAAGAAACAUAACCUAUUUUUACACAGAAGUGAACUUUUAAUAUAACAUUUAAUGUGAAGUGACAAAUACAACAGUACAACAGCUGACCAGCUGAUUUACAGCCAGUGCUGCCAACGUAUUUCGGGCGCAUACGACGUUGGCUGCAUGUUACGCGCUCACUAUUUCGUGCCUUCACGUUGCAAAUUUGGAGUGAGACAAAGUAAUUAGAGUGAGACAAUGUUAACAUUGUCAACAAUGUUAACAUUGUCUCACUGAUGAGCGAAUUGGCCACUUUGUUUUCUCAAAUCAGUGAGAGAACAUGUACAUUGUUAGGUAACUGUAGGAAAACACAUUUUUUUAUUGAAAAGUACAGGGUACAGAAAUUAUUUAUCAUAUUUGAUGCAGGCAACAAACUAUUACGUAAAGGAAUUUUUAAAGUAAUUUUUUAUUGGAAUUAAUUUAGAGUGUUACUGUUUUUACCAAUAGCAUAAAAUGUCAUGGAUCAUUGGUUAAAACCAGGAAAUGAAUGCUACUCAUGCGCCCCUUAAGAGUUGAGUUUACAUUUUUUGAAAGGAAAAUGUAUCCAAUAGGUCCAACAAUUUUCACAUUCCUAUUAUAUAUUUCUGUUUAUUUGAUAACACACAAGGAAUUAUCAUGUCAACACCUAAUGUA